CCCUCAGUGUAGCACUACCAGGUUUGACUUCGUGCGUGGAUGUACUACCUAUAUUGAUUUCACUACUAUCUUCCCAAGAUGGCUGCUUUCGACAGGCUGUAAAUUCCUUUCGUUCACUCAUGAGGGGGAAGAAACCUUGGUUUCGAUAAUCAAAAGUUAACUUCUUGUAGCUGAAUGUAGGGCCCAUGAUUUUUGAUCAUCCAUCACAUUGCCAUCAAUCCAAAGUGGCAGUGCUACCAUCUCUGGAACUUUCGUACAACUUCUAAGAAAGGAGGGAACACUGAGACUCCACUCACUGCACGGAUCAAAGAUGGCGGACGACCCAGGACACAAAGCUAUGUUGUACUUUUUAGAAAUUUUGAUGUACAGCAACGCUCCGAUGAGCAUCAGCCAGCUGGCCGGCCGCUUCGGGAGCCGCAACUUCACGUCUGAGAUGCGGCAAAGCGCCGGCGGCAACGAGGCUGGUCUCAAGAAGUUUCUUUUGAAGUACCCCUCCUUGUUUUCAGUCAACAGUAACCUCGUCAGCCUGAACGACGGUACUGCCCUUGGGGGGAGUUUUCGAGAGUCGAGCCCGGCCUCUUCAUCUGGACAUUCUUGUCUUCCGGACGUCUCCACGGAAACGGAGGCCGUCCAGUUCUUCCGGGCCAAGAUCCUGAAGAAAGGAGACAAGUGGAUGCAGGUGAAGAGUCUGGCCGGGCACCUGUCGCAGGCCUUGCCAGAAAUUAGAGAGUGUGUAGGCCCUCAAAACGAAUUUCUGGGUUUCUUACUGAAGCACCCGCUUAUUUUCGAAGUUCGUGAUGAUAACGUGUGCCUUAAGGACAACAUUCGGUGCAACGCUGCUGACAGCGACUCUUCCUCUGAACCUCCCGCUCUACCUCCGACCACGCCAAAGAUUAAAAGACGACCCAAGUCCCAGGACGUCUCGGAGGUGAACAGGCCGCCCCCUGGUGGGAGGACGGUGACUGUGGCUCCUGCCCCCAUCUCUGCGGUGGCCUCCAAAGCGGGACCAGUAACUAUGACAGCCAACGAGUACAAAGCUGUGAUGUUCAUCAAAAACAUCAUUCAGAAGAAGGGUGACAUGAAGGUGAACAGCUUGUCUGGCCAUUUCAGCCAAGCUCCAGAGAGUCUUCGAAACACCAUCGGCUGGAGCAAACCCGAACUCCAUCAGUUCAUUUCGGCACAUGACAAUAUUUUUACAAUCAGCGAAGAUGAAAUUGUGUCUGUUAUUAAGAACACCCGCCUGAAUGUCAUCAUAACAGGAAGCAGACCCCAUGUUCAAACCAAGCCAUCAGUCAGCGGACGCAAAGGUCAGAUCUUCCACGUUGCCAAGCUCUGGGGUAUCAUUGACCUUGGCAUGCACGAGCACGUGUUUAUCGAUCGAACCAUUUUUGGGAAAAAUAUUGAUGAUUUGAAUAAGCUCUUGAAAGUGGGUGAGUGGGUGUUCUUUGACGCAGUCCCUGCACCCAAAGGGAGCCGAGCUCGGUGGAAGGCGACAAAAGUCUGGAAAGAGAAUGAGUCCAUCGAAGACCUGAUAGAAAAGGUGGCUGCGAAACUGGACUUGCCGAUUGAUGGGUUCCCGAGGGAGCCGCAGACUCCUCUGGGCAACAUGAACGACGAGAUCAGGAAGAUCUACCCAGACCUGGACGACAGUACUUUCUCCAAUGCCACACCUCUCAACAUCGGCGGGAUUAAGUACUCGUUCCAGGACGCGGCCCCCAGCGGUGCGGGCGUGGUGCCCGUCUGGAACUUCCACCACGUGGAGCUGGAAGGAAUGAAAGACGUGGACGAGCUCAAUUUCAGCGACGACGAAGCCGAGAUGUCCCCGCGCGUGUCCAUGGUGGCGGAGCGGCAGUACAUGAACCGCUCCGUCAUUCUGGACAACCCGCGGGUCCCCACCGUCUCGGAGAUCAUGAAGAAUGGCACCGACUCGAGCAGCGGCAAGAAAUGUGCCUCUGUAGGGUGCCAGACCAUUGUCACGGGAGACGUUCUCGCCACCCAGCUCUUUCAUGAAGAUCUGUAGAGAUACUCGGCUGUUUUGUUACUGGGCAAUUACUCAAGUUGGAGUCUUUUUAAAUUAUUUUUUUUUAGUCAAGUUCUGGUUUUAUUCAGACUCAGACUCUAACUUAACAUUAUUUUUUGGGCUGUUGUACUCCACUCUGAGAACUAGAAAGAUGAUUCUUUGUUUUCAAACCUUGUACAUUUGUGGACCAUAUUGGAUUAUUUUUUUAAAGCCAGAUCCUUUUUUUUUAUUUGAGCGCCUUCAUUUUUUUACAGCCAGUUGAAAGUUUUAUCUCCAAUAGACUGUUGGCUGUGACUGGUGUUCACUUGAAAUAACCUCGUUGUUAUGGACUGCUUUUGAAGCAAGAUACCUAACAGUAGAAAUGAUCACCGCUUGAUUCAUAUGUUAGCUUUUCCUUUCGAAGAGCUUUAAAAGUAUCUGCAAUUUUGCCCUGAAUAUUACACAGUUCAUACCAACUCAACCAGCAAAUAACUGACUUUGUCAUUAACCUUGCAUUUAAUGUUUGAUGGUACAGAAGGCUGUUUUUUAUGGUUGUUGCAGUUGGGCUGGUUAAUGUGUGUACAUCUGAGAUGGAAAUGUGAGGUGUUCAUGAUCUUUUUUUCUCUUCCUGACUACUUUGCAAUCUGUCAUUAUCAUGAGAUGUUCAAAAAGUGAAAAUUCCUUAACGGGCUGGCUAAUUUUUGGAUCAAGCAUACACGAUUCAGAGUAAAUUACAAUUUUGUUUAAACUGGAGUUUGAGCUCAUCACAUCCAUCAAAGUCUUCAUGAAUGUGACUGCUGUCUCACACAACUUUCAAUAAUUGAGGAUUAAUCUUUUUUUUGGUGUAACUUUUUUUCUGCUGCCAGUUCCUGAAAGCUUAUGAAAUGAAGGAAAGAGAAAUCGGAGCAUUUAUCUAAGCUUUGACUUUGAGCGAAGAGCAGACCAAAAAACCCAACAAAUUGUUGUAAUUUUCACUUUUUGAAAUCUUUCCUGAUAUGACUUGAAUGUAUGUAUAGUUAUUAUGCUGUCUGCAUGACGAGUGUGCAAAUUGUGAUAAAAUGACGCUUCUGAAAAUUUACAUAGGGUAAAUCUGUUUGUUUACAAAUGUUCAAUGUCUUGAGAUUUGAAAGACACAAUAUCUGUCCUGUUGCACUUUUUUAUUUGGACCUGAAAAAAGCUUCUUUUCUGACUCUUUAGCUCUUGUUGGCAGGUACACACGAUUUCUAUUUCCGCAAAUACAACGUGAGAAUGGCAUGCACAUUUCUCCUGAUGCAACAUCUGUCCUGUCACGGAGUCUCUCAUAACCUGCAGACAGAAAUGCCAGUGGUUAUACACGGUGCAACAGCUGGGGCAUCCUAGUUUCAGGGAAAAUAUGUGGGCAGACGCUUUUUUUUAAAAGAAGAAUGCUUUUCUGAUUCAAUUUGUAUUCUUUUUAGUUUAGUCAUUAAUAUGACCUGCAGAUAGUUGUUUUUAAACUCUCUCCUUUAACUGAGCUCUGUGUAUGUAAAGAGCUCUGUCAUGGCUGAACUUCUAUUAUGCUCUUUCCUUUCUGUUCUCUCCUGAUGGGUGAGUUUUCACAUUUGUUUCUGUAGAAAGGAAAGGGAAAUUUUUUCGUCACAUUUUAAUCCAUUUGUCUGAAUUUUAAAGGUAAUUAUUGCAGAAAUUGUAGAUAUUUCUUCAUAUAUGUUUGUUUGAGCAGAAUUUUCACCUUUCACUGUCGCUUUCUCAGAGACUUCGAUUUGUUUUUAGUCUGUCCUGGGUAAAGUGCCAGCAUAAAGGGGGGGUUUUGUAGAAGAUUUUUGGUGAAAGUGUCACGGGUAGACAAGUUGCACGUGUUUCACAUUUAUACGUUUCGGCUUUUCUUCUCUGUUAUGGAAGUAUGGAGAGAGAAUAUGAUAUUUGUAAAGUGGAGAUGCAGUUGAAAAUUUGUUGAGAGACACAAAUCUAGUAUGUACCAAACCCAAAGCCUUUGGUUAAGGAGCCUUUGCUUUUAUGCAGGUUUAUCUACUGGUGGGUGUUCUGUACACAGUAGUACACUUUAUUUGGAGUGCCCAUUGGGGGAUUGGCAAACCGGCCAUCACACGAUCGCCUGACUCAUCGUGUGAAAACAAACACGUUUGUUUUUUAGGCGACGAGUCUGGCGAUCGGUAUGUGCCACGAUAGCCGCUUUGCACCCUCAAUCUGGCUAGCAAACCGAACUGAACUGAACUGAACUGAACCGAUAUUGCCAAUGGGCGCUGAGCAUUACCCCACCAACAAUUGUAGACUUUACAUGGUUUAGCUCUUUGUCUUUCAGGCAAAAGACAUGGGUUUGAAUCCUAUGGGAAGAAUGUAUUUGAUUGAGUAUCUCUGUCUGUCCACUUGGAUGUAUCCUACAUGCACAGCAUGGGUUGGUUUUGACCUGCAAAAUCGAAGCAGCCUGCCUCCUCAAUGGUGUAAGCUGUGUGGAUGAGGGUGUAAAACAUUGGUACUCAAUAAUCAAUCAAGCAUUACUCUACCGAUAAGACUCGUACCCUUGUGGGGAUGGAUAGGGUUCAAAUCCCUGCUUAGACUUUUCUUUUCUUAUCGUUGUUUGUAAAGUUUCUAAGGCUGUCUGCCCAAUUAUGUCAAAGACAGACGAACAUGUAGUUGGCUCUGUCUCUUGAGUAACUUACAUUUUGUUGCAAGGGGCAAAGAAUUCAAAACUUUGAUGCUUGUUCACAUAGAAAAAAAAAUGCGAAUGUGCCAUAGAGUUACAAGAAAUCAGUCUGUGGGAAAUGUCAUAGACACUCACUGAUCUUGAAUGAGCCUUAUUUUGACAUACUUUAUAAGAGAAGAAAAAGGCUGAAAAAGUUUUUGAUUUUCUCUGAAAGGGUAAUUUUUCGCCUUGAUUUAUAGAAUUGUAUAUUAUGCUGCUUUUGUAGUUUGGAGCUAAAAAUCUGGACACAGUAGACUGCAGCACAGGCACUCAUAUGACCUAUGUUGCUGCGAGCAUCGUGAAACUCUCACCAACCUAAAGCAGACUGCAGCAGUAAAUGAGUCUCUGAGUUGUAGAAUUGUUUCAAAAGAGUGAUCUAUUUUGGUGUCUCCCAAAAACAAAAAAAACAAAAAAAGAAAGAAAAAUGGAUGCUUAGUCAGAGAAGAUUUAUCUUGAUUAAUUUUGCCGUUUUAAGUAUUGAGUAGAGAGAAGAAAGCGCUUAGGAAUUUCUUGAACUUUUGGUCAAGCUGUUUGAAAAUGCCUAUAUAGCCAAUUUGAUUAGUCUUUGAAGACUAGAUUUAUAUAUAUAGCUUGAAAUAUCUUGUAGGGUCAUUCUCAUAGUGAAUUUUACUCUUGGUGUUACUGUCAAGCUUAAAGUUGCAUGUAUAGUGUUUGUCUUGCUGUGCAGAUAUCAUUAUGCAACAUUCUACCUAUAGAGAUAUUUAUGUGUGUAUGUGUAAUAUAAGAUGAAAUAUUCUGCUAUCAAAUUUCUCUAUCUCUGUGUAUUCAUAUAGGUUAAGGUGUAUUUAUGAAUCAUCAUAUACACUCUAAUACACGUGUGAUAUUCAACAGUAUUUAACCAUGACUGACCAGUAACUAAAGAAAGCACAUCUUCUGCCUGCACCGACAACAGAGGAAGAUAUGGUGGGCCUAAAUUGUGUAUAAACUAAAGCUAUUGUAUACAAAUUGUAUUUAUUUUUUAUUUCUUGUAGCAAAAUUUUCUCUCUUGGAUUUGAGUGGUGUGAACGAGGGUGAACGUUUGGUGAAAGUCUGUGGAGAAAAUGUAUCAUGUGAUGGAAUUGCAGUCUGGGUUUUUUCCCCCAAGAGAUGGAGCAAUUUGUGCUCUUAACAACUAGUUCUUGUCCUGCCAUGCACAUUUUUGCCAUUUGCCCGGGUAGUUGUCAGUUGUUCAUCAAGGCGUGAGCACUUUCUGGUGUCGAUUUCAGAUCUGUUUUUCGCACGCAUCACUCCUGUAGAGUUUUCUGUGAGCACGAGAGCUGACCUUUGGUAGCAGUGCUGCAGAUGCUGCAUCAUGUCACUUUCCUUCAACAUUUUACGAGCAGGUUUUUUGGGGGUUUUUCAAACCUCUGUGUGGUUUUUAUUGGAUGUGAUGGAGCUUUGAUCGGGGCUUGGCCCAUCCUUGUCUUCCAGUGGAGUUGUCUGUUGUUUGGGUUUGCUGUGAGUGGAGGAGGAGGGAUCUGUCUUGGUCUGUUCUCAGAAAUUAUGGGCCGUGUGACUUUGUAUGUGUGCGUCUCGCUAGAAUCAGAUCAGCUGUUGAAUCCUUGUGACUGUGUUGAUAUUAUAACGAUAGAGAGUGUGGUGUGAGGCACCUGAAUAAUUGCUUGUUCCUCUAACUUCUAAAAAACUUACAAAAAUGAAAGCAAAGCAAGCAACAGUGUUCUCUAAGGACAACAUUGUUGUUGUUCAACUCAGUAGAGCAGGAAUCUCACAGUGUCUUAUAAUUAUGUAUAUCUUCUACUAAUAUUGUUUAUGAUUUCUCAUUGAAAAUUAUUUUUAAUAUAUUAUUAUGUGUUAAAUAUUUUUUAUGAGACACGCGCAGUAUUAAAAAUAGUCAGGGCGUGAGUGGCGUGAGAGACUUUGCACCAAGUCCAUGUCUGCACUUUAAACGCAUGCAGGAAUUAUUUUGCUUUGUUUUCCUUAUUUUUUUUCCCCGCGCGGCAAUGUAUUCGCUUAUCUUGUUGAAAGAAAGCGAAUUGUGAUGCUGUAAAAUCACUUCCAAAACCUUGUUUCAGUAGCAAUGGUGGGGAUAUUGCAGUUCCAAAAUUUCUAAGAAAGCAGACUCUCAAAUGUUAUGGAUAAGGUGUAAAAUGUGUAGUGGUACACUGGGAUUGUAUUUUUAAAAGGAGGUCAUUUUACAGCAACUGUUUAAAGCUUCUGCGGUGCAUCAUUGUAUUUUUCUAGUUUGACGUGAACUCCGAAAGGUCAAUGGAGUUGUUUGUUUUGUAAUUCUAUCCCUGAAUAGAUUGGCUGUAAAUUGUUUUAGAGGUGUGAGAUUGUGUAUAUGUAUAAUCGUGAAUGGGUUGAAGAGCUUUAUGUGUUCUCACUCAUAUGUCUGUGUAUUCUGUGUUGGCUUUUGCACGCAGAGAGGGAAGACAUUUUGCACUGUUGAGUUGUGCGUUGUGCUCUUUCCUCAUUUAACCCUUUCAGCCCCAGACAUUUUUGUGCACUCGCUAACCCCAGUCCCAGCCAAUACAGCAGUAUUUCAGAAAAAGAGGCAUGCAUUCUAAAAAGUGAUGUAGUAUCUUUGUAAUGAGGUUUAGAUAAUAACAUAUAACAAUCUUUAAAAGUAAAUGAACAAAUAUUAUGAAAAUUAACGUUUAAUUAGGUUUGCUAAUUCGAAAAAUACGCAAAUUCGGUACCCUCCUAAACUGAGAAUAUACGCUCUUGGGACGGUGGGAGGUACUAGCACUGCUGAAAAUAUACGCGCUUGGGGCUGGAAGGGUUAAGGGAAUGAGCUGGCAACUCUUUUUUCCUAAAUCUGCCUUUUGGUCUCAAUAGAGACGCAUUAAAUUGUUGGUCUUUCAUCUGAAAUUAUUGUCCUCUGAAUUGAAAAGGAAGUGAAAUACACGCAAGUAUUUGAACUGAAGGAAAGGGGAAUUGGGCAAUUGUUAGGGUGGAGGGGAGGGGGGGGGAAUAUUUUUGGAGAGACAGAAAGAGAGAGGAGGGGGGGUGGGGAUUGUUUUAUGCUGGUCUCUUACUGGAAUGACAAAUAGAAACUGAAAACAAAGGCUAUGAAUGAUCAGUCUCUACACGGUUGUUUCGUUGUGUGGAAUGAAGCAAGGUGGAAGUUUGGGACUGGUAGGUGGGGAUCGCUGUUUCCGGGACAGUUGAAAGCUUUGUGGUGGCGUCGUCGUUUCUCACUGAUAAUGAUAGAAGAUGAUGAUUUUCCCCAAUUUUUGUCGGUUUCUCGUAGACCCAAGCUACUACUGUCUGGGCAAUGAUAAUCAGUCCCUUUCUUCCAUCUUUGAUCAUUUCCCUGUCUGUCAAAGUGGUAAGAUUGAAGAAUGAAGCGCAGAAAUAUUCAACAAAUGUAUGAGA